GAAGUCAUCCAAAAACUUACCGGACUACCCACCAUGUACACCCGCGCCUCCAUCCUGGAGGCAAAAUACAUCCACCGAUCCCAAUAUCAACCUCCUGACUCCCUACUCGCACAACUACUACCCCGCAUGGCGACAACUACAACCCCAUGGGCCCGACUAAAACGGCAUAACCAACUCUGGCCUCUCCUCAACACAUCAACUCUCCCAACCCACCUACUCCUCCACCAAUUCAUGCUACAACAACUCAGAAAAAAACAACAACCCGGGUUACUCGCAUCCGCUAUACCCGAUAGCUCCUACCCCCACCCCAUCCUACAACACCGCUUCAACAAAUCCACACAAUACCGAAUCAUCCGAUGGCUACGUGGCUGGCUACCCGGUAAACCCAAAUCCUGUCCAUGCAAUGAAGGCACAUUAACACGACAACACAUUAUACACUGCCGAUUAUUCAACACUCCUGAACACCCGGAUGAAAAUUGUACAACAUACUCCCCGCUUAACCUACAACUCUUAACCACCCUACCAUCCCAUCGAAUAGAACCUGCUGAACGCACCAACAUUGCUGAACAUUGGAACCACCGGCCACUCCUCCAACGAACCCUCCUAACCCUUGACUCCAUUGUCCAAGACGCCCCACUACAACUCACACCACCCGAUCAAGACCUCUUCCUCAAAUGGCUUAAUACACCAAUCCCCCCAAACCAAAACCUCACAAACAAAAACAACCAACCAUAUAACCCAUACACCCCAAACCAACAUACAAACCGCCCUAUUUUUUUUUCCUUUCCUCUUUCCUUCUUUUCCACCUCCUCUUUCUAUCUCUCCCCCUCUAAUACUACCCAACGCCAAAGCUACCCACCUUUUUAA